AUGAAUUCGGAAGACUGUACCAGUGAACCCUUGAGAAACGAGUCGGAAAAUGAUAGCAAUAAUGAUGGUUACGUGCGUUCGCCGGUAUUGCUGGACCUGGACAAGAACUCCAAACAGCAACAAGAAGUAUUGAAUCGAGAAGAAGAUUCUCCGUCACAAUUUUUACCGAUCAACCAAUAUUUGCAGGAUCCAUCGAUUCAGAACGGAUCAGAAGAUUCGAGCGUGCCGCGGCGACUGCCGGUGAGAAGAACGUGGCAAGACGGAAAUUUCGAAGAUCGCCAACAGAACGGCAGUCGUGUGUUUGUGAUAAGAGUACCUGAACCAGAAGUGAUUAAUACUCAUCCGCACUUGGAGAUCCUACAUGAAACGGACAUUAAAUCGGUGCAGCGAGAACCGUCGCAAACCGAAAAGGAUUAUAAGAAAUCAGCUUGCGAUCGAGAACGAACGAGGAUGCGGGAUAUGAAUCGUGCGUUUGAGCUUCUACGGUCAAAGCUACCAAUCUGCAAACCACCUGGGAAGAAACUGUCGAAGAUAGAGUCGCUCAGGCACGCCAUAAGUUACAUAAGACAUUUGCAGAGUCUGUUGGAACCCCAAUAUAAUUAUGUUCCAAAUAUACCUGAAAGAAAUUACUAUCCUGCUAGCACACCCGUUACAACCACCGCAUCUUUUGAUAUGCAACAUCCAACUCGAUGGGAAUCGUUCGCUUAUUAUCGUUACGAUUAUCAUGCUCCGUUCAUUACUCCGAACCCAUCAACAUUAACCUCCCCUAUUCACCCUCAAGUACCAACGGAACAGGACGAAAGACAAUUCUCUUACGAGACGCGACAUUAA